UAUUUUGAUAUAUUGCAUUCAAAAUGUUGUUAUUUCUUUAUAUUUGUAGUGUAAUCACUAUGUACGAUGCGAUUGGUGAGCUACACUAUAUUCUACAUAAAAUAGCAAUUGAUAUUAUUGCAAAAGAGAAAAGUUUUAAAAAUUCUUUUUUUUUUGAAACAGCUGAUUCGUCAAUUCCUAAAAUUGUCGGUGGUUCGGCCGCAAAAGAAGGACAAUUUCCACAUCAAGCUUCUCUUCGUAUUAAAGAAAAACACUUCUGCGGAGGUUCUAUUUUAAAUAAACGAUGGAUCCUUACUGCAGCUCAUUGUCUUGCUGGAUUAGAUGCUAGCCGUAUAACCGUUGUAUUAGGAACUAAUACCUUAGACAAAGGUGGUGAUCUGUACCGAGCAAAUGUAACAAUAGCUCACGAGGAAUAUGAUCCAAGAAAAAUAAAAAAUGAUAUCGGAUUGAUUAAAGUUGAUAAGGAUAUCGAAUUUACCGACAAAAUAAAACCAAUUAACUUACCGACAGAGAAUUAUCAAAAAAUUGACAGUUAUGUUAUAUUGUCGGGUUGGGGUAGAACAAGCUAUCCUGGAAAUUCACCGAACGAACUUCAACACAUCAAAUUAAAAGUAAUCGAUCAAAAAAAGUGUGCUACAAUGGUAAUAAUUACUAGAAUUCCUGUUUCCGACACAAAUAUUUGUACCUUAAAUCAAUAUGGAGAAGGUGCUUGUCAUGGUGACUCUGGUGGUCCUCUUAUCGACGGAGACGAACAAGUCGGAGUUGUUUCUUGGGGUAUUCCAUGUGCAAGAAAUCGACCAGAUGUCUUUACUCGUGUGUUUAGUUACCUGAAUUGGAUAAAAAAUCAUAUUAAAGAAGAUGAAAGUCAAACAUCUGAAUAAUACAAUUAUAUACAACAAUAAAUAUAUGUACAAAAUAAAUUAACAAAAAUUAUUAAGCGGAAAAUAAAAACGAUAAUAACAAAAAAUGUUCAUUACGUAACGUAUGU